AUGGGUUUUGCUAGAUCAGCUCGCAUGACAAUCCUCUUUCUUUUGAUAAUAUUCUAUCUUUCGCCGUCUUCGGCCGUGGACAUUCCCGUCGCAUCCGACAGUGGUCGCCGGAGUAACGUCGAUGUUGGGUUCAUCUUCCAAACGUGGUUGUCCACUCACGGGAAGAGUUAUGUCAAUGCUCUCGGAGAGAAGCAACGGCGUUUUGAGAUUUUCAAGGACAAUCUUCGUUUUGUCGACCAACACAACGCUAAGAACCUCAGUUACCAACUCGGUUUGAAUCGGUUUGCUGACCUAACCGUUAAAGAGUACCAAGGUCUUUUGGCUGGAGGCUUUGAUCAUGAACCGACACAAAGGGCUCGCAGAGUCAGUCAUAGGUACGUUUCACUUGCCGAAGAUCAGCUCCCAGAGUCAGUUGAUUGGAGAAAAGAAGGUGCAGUGACGGCAGUUAAAGACCAAGGCUCUUGCAGUUGCUGCUGGGCAUUCUCCACAGUAGCAGCUGUGGAGGGAAUAAACAAGAUCGUGACAGGAGAGUUAAUCUCACUCUCCGAGCAAGAAUUGCUCGACUGCAACAUCGAUAAUUACGGUUGUGCUGGGAGAGGCUACAUGGACAUAUCUUUUAAGUUCCUUAUCAAUAACAAUAUUGGUCUUGUUUCCCAAAUUGAUUAUCCAUACACGGCCGUUCAAGGAAACUGUAACCACAACGAGAAUAGUGCAAAUAAGGUCGUUAAAAUUGACGGCUACGAGGAUUUGCCAGUGAAUGAUGAGAUGUCUUUGAAAAAAGCCGUUGCUCACCAGCCCGUGAGUGUUGGCAUUGACAAAAAAUCCCGAGAAUUCAUGCUCUAUAAAUCGGGUAUAUAUAAUGGACCUUGCGGGACACAGCUUGACCAUGCGGUUGUUAUCGUCGGGUACGGUAGUGAGAACGGUCAAGACUAUUGGAUCGUGAAAAACUCAUGGGGCACGAUAUGGGGAGAAGCUGGCUUCGUUAAGAUGGCUCGUAACACUCAAGAUCCAGCAGGUAUAUGUGGGAUCACGAUGAUUGCUUCAUAUCCUAUCAAGAAGUAG